GAGUAACCUUCCCGAUCCGAUAAAUUUUUAUUUUUGACGAUGGAGAGACGUCCUUACUAUGUUUUAUUUUCUUUCCAUCAGUUGCAGGGUCAAUACGUUAACUGCUAUGCUGCAAUGCAAGAGAAGGAUUGGGCGGGUAAAAACUCGCAUCGUACUGAGGGGGUUUCCUCUUGGUCCCAAGACGGUUGUGGUUUGUAAUUCGGCCGUUUAACUUAUACAGCUAAGGAAGGAACUUACGCAAAUUUCGCAAACGCCUACAGCGUUAAUGACUUCGAUCCAAUUUUCAUUUGAACCUACCGCCACUCUUGAUGACUCGUUACAUUCUUACCUCAUAGACUGGCUGCUUUUUCCCCAAAAAUACUUGGAAUUUUUAAGAUCGCUAAAAAGUUCUUUAAAAAGUUCAAAAAUUUUUAAACUUUUGGAACUAUUUUUUAUAAAAAUUGACGCUUUCAAGACAAUUGACAAUGUUUUGGAUAAACAACCUCUGGGCAGAAUUCAGAGUUCCGCAGGCUCAACCUCCAAAAAAAAAAAAGAAACCUUAAGAAAGUUACUUUUAGCUACUGUUGAAGAGUUUGGUCUCACCUUGGACUAUUUAGAAGAGCAUUUUUGUCUGGAAAAGCAGUUUGAAAUUCUUGAAGCAGUCAAAGAUGAAUAUACCACGCAUCCAAUAUCGAUGCUACAGUUUUCAAGAUGCAUAGUUCGCACUCUCAACAGAAAUGUGUCUCCUUUGCAACUGUUGGGCGUCCUUCUUAAAACUUCCGAAACGGAAAACGAAUCUUUGGAGCAGGGCACGUGGUUUUCCGCAAUUCAGAUGGAAGUUCUCGAUUUUUUAGAAUCGUUUGUCAAGCAGCAAGGCGAAACGGACUCUUUGAGUCCCGUGUGGCCUGCCUCCUCAGUGAAGUACCGAGGUACGACCAUGUGCAAGCAGAUCCGUUACGAGAUGGGUGAAUUUUACUUUCGGCAAGACCGCUUUGACAAGGCUCUGGACAACUUCCGCAGCUGCGUGGAGGGCUGCACCUUCACUGCUACGGAGCGCAGGCACGAAAGUAGAGGCAUACCUUUUAUUACCUUUAAGAAGGAAACGGCUUCAGGCUACAUUCGCGCGUGCCUUUCCGUCACGUCCGUCCGUUCCGUUGUUGUUAGUAAGCAGAACGUCGAAGGGCUUCCAGUGGUAGAAAGAGUGGAGCAUCUGCGACGUGCAGACUUAACCAAUUCGGGCAGUUUAGGAGAGUUACUCGAAAUUCUUAAGGACGACAUCGGCGAGCAUUACCUGACUUUUUCAUAUAGAGAAAACUUGAUGGAUUCAUUUAAAGACCGCCAUGAGAAUCACGAGUUCGCUCUCGUACAGAAAAUCGCUAUUCUUAACUUUUUAAAGAAACUUGCUUAUAACCAAGCUUUAAAUGGCCCAAAUUUAGAGUGUGUGUGCAGUGGGGACGCCCAUAAAGUCGAACCCAAGCUUUUGCAUUUUUUUAUGCAAGUAAGCAGGAAUCUGCUUUCAACUGAAGACCUGAGAGCCUCCUUUCAUCUCCCCGAUUUCCGCAGGAGACUCGGCUGGUUCUUGGAACUCUGGGACCAACACCGCUUUCGCAUGGAUCUGGAGACGGCACAACACUUUGAAGAGUUUAAGCAGACCUUCUGGCCUACGCAAAACCAAUCAGUCAUCCACAGAGUCGAAAAUAUGCCCCAUUUAAGCGCGUGUGCUACUCACGUGUUGCGUAAUCCGCACUGCUUACUAUCCAACUUGUACCACUCCCGUGAGUUGAGCAAGCUGGAGCUGUGGCUGCGCAUGUGUCGCGACUACCAGGCUCCGCUCUUUUAUAAAACAUUCCUUCCUAAUGCUGUGGAGCCGCUUCCCGCUGAGGAUUCCCUCAUUUCCAGUGACAUGUGGCUCCUGCUCAGCUCUCUUUUGCACGGCCGCUCCUCCAAUGACGAGGUCGAUUUUGCCGUAAUAGUAUUAUCUUUAGUGCGGGCACAUCUGGAUUGGAGAAGGAAACGUUUCGCGGAUAGUUAUGACCUCUUCCACCUCGCGCACCAGAAAAUAGCUGCACUCCGGCUCUCUGAGGAAUCCACUUCCCUUCUACCCGUUUUCUACUUUGCGAGGCUGCACAUGGUCACCGCCUGGUGUUUAUACGUAGUGAAGAGUGGCGCUAACUUUGCUCAGGUUCUGGACCUCUGCGAGACCCUGGCGUACGAGUGUCUGGAAAUGCGAUCCUUUGACGCCUCCACACUUUGCUCGUUAUUUGCUCUUUAUUUAUCUACACCAAAGUUUCAACUGAUAUUCUGCUGGGGUAACGCUAUAAAAAGGCAAAGCAAAGAGAGCUUUAGUCGUUGCGUUUAUGAGCUUGCUUCUUUCCUUUUGUCUCUUAAAGCCGCCUGCGACAGAGAACUGCACCGCUCAUUUGAAAAUACAGUCCCCGCACCUGAUUUGGCUUUACUGGAACAGUUUGAAUACUUAUUAGCAGUUCAUAAGUCGCCGUCACCUUAUAAGUCAUCCCGCAGUGAAUCAUCGAGUAAAGACGAGGUGGAGGAGCCUCGCCAGCUUUUGCUUAUGUUAGUCAAGAGAAUUAGAGGAAAAGAAAUGCUUGAACUUCUUAUUUGUUUGUUCUCGAUAUACCUCAACAGAAUUCUCGAUGAGGAGAACAAACUCGUAUUCUGGAGAGUGAAAAAGGGAGUUGGAGAAGUACUAUUAAAGUUUACUGGCCUAAAAGUGGGGACUGGAACUUGCGAAAACUUCCCCAGAGACUAUUUGUAUGAUACUUUGGAGCUCCUUUUGAGGCGAUACACACAUCAUUACAGAGAUUCACACGAGUUUUUUUUACUACUCGGCGAUCUUUAUAAGUCUAAAAAAAGCUUUAAAAGAGCAUUUUGCGUGUACUACUGGGUCGGGCUUAGACAUUCUGACAUGUUUUCACUGGUUGGUGCUCUCCCCGCUGUGUGGGACCAGGAAGUAGUACAAAGGAUGGUUGCGUGCCUCUUUAGUAUGAAAGCGUACAUUCAAGCAGCCGCUCUCGCUCAGUUUAUAGAAGGGGACUACCCUUUGAAGUUUCGUGCGGUCUACCAAGCUUGUGCUCAGGAACGCUCAGAACUCGAUUAUCCUUACUACCAAUUUUUUUGGGACAAGCAAAUUUUGGAGCUUUUUAUGUACUUACAUAAGAAGUCGCACGAUAGUAAGAGAGAAGAGCUGGCGGCCUCAGCUCUCAGCGACCCCUAUAACAACUUUGUAAACGACGUCACGCUUCAGAAAGCCCACACACUUCAUUUACAGUCGAGACUGCUGAAAUUACUGGCCAAGGAUACUUUCCAAAUGGCGGCUUCUGAAUAAUACAAUCAACCUUUUUUUUUUCUUUUCUUAUAACGUACAAAGAGAGUUACUAUGCAUUACAGAAGUUCUCCGCGAGCUUAUAAAAAAU